AUGCUUUCGAUAGCUACUACCCGAAAAUUUGUAGCACCUGGUCUUGUUAGAACGGCUCUUGCAAAACCAUGUCAGACCCGAUCUAUCGCUUUCUUCAAUGAAGUUGCCGAAUCCUUCGUACUUUUACAUGAGUUAAGUGGGCUACCAUGGAUUUUCCUAGUUCCAGCGACGACCUUCAGUCUCAGAACAAUUUUUACGCUCCCAUUCAGUAUCUGGCAGCGUCGAAGAAUUGUCAAACAGCAAGAGCUACGGAAAGUGACACAGGCAACAACUCCAGUGGUGAAAUUACGACUGGCCGCUGCUACGCAGCGCCAGCAAAUGGAAUCACAAUCUAGCUCAGCGGUAUUGCAGAAAAAACCACCUUUAACGCCGGAACAAAUUACUUUACUGGCGCUCAAGGAAACCAGAACCCGUCAAAAAAAGCUUUUCGAAGACAAUAAGGUCCAACUGUGGAAAAAUUUCAUUUUACCACUGGUUCAAGUGCCGCUAUGGGUAUCUGUCUCGAUGGGACUCAGAAACCUGACAGAUCAUCGGUUGAUUGACACAAAUCUCUCAUCAGUACCGCCCUCAUUGCAUGGGUCGAAUAUGCACGAAAUAAUAAGUCAGAUUGGUUCGCUUGACCUUAGCGUCCCGUUAGAUAACCUCCCCAUGCUUGCACCGCUAUGCUUGGGUCUACUGGCGCUCAUGAAUGUGGAGAAUAACGGUAGAAUGAUGACCACAACGACAGCGGGGGCGAUGGGAAUUAAGGUGGCAUUGAGUCCGAACUCUAAGCUUUCACAAAGCACCCAAAGUGUCUUGAACAUUUCUCGACUGAGUUGCAUUUUUUUCAUGGGUGUUUCGACCCAAGCUCCUUUUCUAUUGUCCAUCUACUGGAUCAGCUCUCAGUUGUAUUCGUUGGUUCAAAACGCAUUUUUGGACAUGCUCUGGCCUUACCAAAGGUAG